UUUAAUUGCAAUGAAAUUUUUUAAGCUGGAUAUGCGUGGCUCGUGAAAUAAAAUUUUAAAAUUUCGAAAUUGAUUAGUUGCGAGGUCUGAGGACACCUUAAGUUUGACAAUUAAAUUAUGAUGGCAGAAAUUGUCACAUUCAUUUGUGAUUAUUUGAAAGAGCAAACGUCUGAUUUCAAAGAAAUCUGAGAAAAGUAAUAAAAUUUUAAUAAAAAAUGGAGCCAAUGACUUUAGGAAGCCCCGGCGGUAGUCCAGCUACAAAUAGCCCUUAUUUGCCUUCUUUCCUUAUGGGAGAAAACCAGAUACCUGCUUCUCCACGCAACACUCUUUCUCCAAACAAAGGCACUAGGAACAUUUCAUUUGCAACGUCGCCAAUACAAAAUACUCCUGUAUCUAGUGUUCUGGUAGAUCACAAUCGUUUUUCUGUCGGACAAAAACAACUAUUCAAUAGCAGUGUAAGUGCUAAUUAUUCUGGUACACAAGGUCCACCGACGCAAGGCUUAUUUGAUUCCUUACGCAGUGAACGCAAUCUCGUUGAGACACCAACACGUGGUAUAGAAGUGCAAUCUCCAAUUCGUCUUGGAACUCCAAUUUCUAAUCAACAUAAUUUAAGUAAUUUUGGUUUGCAACAACAACAAUUGCUUCAGCAACAGUUUUCACAUCAGUCAACCGCACCAUACAAUGAUUCAUCAUACUUAGCCAAUGUUUCAUAUAACACCACAGGUUGUGUAACAUCACCACUUGGGUCCUUAGGUACACCCAACGCAAAAAGUAAUUCAUAUAUGCUGCAGUGCCCACCAGCUCCACGAUACACAGACUUUUGGGUUACCAUUUAUGGGUUUCCGCCAAGUGCGAUUUCAACGAUUUUACAACAUUUUGCUCAAUGUGGCACUAUUGUGGAUAAAGUAUUUUCCCCACAAAAUGGAAAUUGGGUACACCUUAAAUAUGCAUCACGCUUAGAAUGUGAUAAAGCCCUCAAUUAUAAUGAGAAAAUAUUGGGCAAUAAUAUUAUGAUAGGUGUUACACAAUGUAAGGAUAAAAAUAUCAUCGACAAGGAAAAUAUGUGCGAAAAUAAUACACAACCGUGCAAAGUACGACCAUUGGCUCAAAAUGCUUAUAAAAGCGCCCAAAAUGACUCUGCUGUCGACAAUAACAUUAGUUUACCACAAAAGAGCUCAGGUUUAAUGAAUAAAGCUAUGGAUUUGUUCUUCGGUUGGUAAAUAAGAGCGACGAGGUGAAAUAUAUGGCUUCUUAUAAGUUCUCGUUCAAAUGUCCACCAUAAAAUACUUGUAAACCGAUAAAAAAGUUUAUUUAUAAUUUGUGCUUUAGUCAAUAAAACUUUUUUAAUAUUUAACUAAACUUAAUAGAUAUUUACACUCACAAAAUUUACUACAGCAAUUAUGCAUGCAUAUCUUUCUUAUGUCGUCUAUUUAUGACAGGUUAAACGAUUUAGAUAUUCGUGCCAGUUUUAUGUUGUGUUAAUCUCUUUAUUUUGUUUUUGAAUAUACACAUCAUUCAUAAGUAUAGUAGUACAAUAUUAAUAUUUUUACUAAUAAAGCAAAUGCCCGAUAAUAGAAACU